AUGAUCAGUGAUACAUCUGAGAUUAAAUCUGUAACAUUGACCCGCUUAUGUAUUAAAUCAGGAAAUUUAAUAACUGAACCAUGGGUUAUUUCAAUUGGUGAAAAGUAUGGCAAGACAUCAGCACAAGUUUUAUUACGUUAUCUUAUUCAACGUGGAUUAAUCGUUGUCCCUAAAUCGGUUACACCUAGUAGAAUUGAAGAAAAUUUUCAGAUUUUUGAUUUUAAAUUGACGAAUGAUGAAAUGGAAAAGUUAACUACAAAUGGAUUAAAUGAGCGUAAAUUUCGAAUGCUUGGAAUGACCGCUCAUCCUGAAUAUCCGUUCAACGAAGAAUAUUAA